AUGAAUCCUAAUCUUCAUGGCUCAGCCUGGUCAGGUUUUUAUAAAAAGACCUUAAAGGAACGUCAAAAUCAACUAAAGAUCGCUUUUCCAGAUUUAUUCAACCUGCCUUCGACUGCUACAAGAAUUGUUCCCUCUGUUUCCCCUGUUCCCUCUGUUUAUUCUACGCCUUUAACUUCUAUUUGCAAUUCUCCUAUCUCUCGAGAAUAUUCCGAAGAAAAUGAUACACUCAAUAGCAUAAAUAAUGAGCAAUUCAACUACCUAGUAAAAAAAUUAAAAUCAUUAAAUAUUGAUCAGGAACCAUUUCCAAUAAAUGGCCUUGACGAACAAAUUGCAGACAAAAUGAUUGAAAAUUGCGUAGGGACAAUAGGUUUACCGAUUGGAUUGGCUCUUAACUUUAUAAUCAACGAAAAGCCAAUAAUUAUCCCCAUGGCGAUCGAAGAACCUUCGGUUAUUGCUGCUGUUUCAGGAGCGGCUAAGACAAUUUCAUCAUUUAAGGGGUUCACUGCGGUGGCUCCUGAAAGAAAUUCGAUAAUAGCCCAGGUUGUUCUUUUAGAUAUACCUCAAAAUUCUAUGAAUCCUGCCAUAAAUAAGUUUUGUGACAACAUGGUCAAACGAGGGGGUGGCGUAUUUGAUAUGUCAGUUAGAAGGAUCUCACGUAUAAAUAAUCGAAAUAAAAAGCAUCAUCCAAUUAGUUCUGAAAAUUUCAAAGAGUUGCUUGUAGUGCAUUUGCACAUUGAUGUGUGUGAUGCUAUGGGUGCUAAUUGUGCAAGCGCGAUCGCUGAAGGCGUGGCACCACGCCUUUCUGAAUUGACUGGUGGUCGAAUUGGCUUGAGAAUUUUGAGUAAUUUAAGUGUGGAAAGAAUGGCCAAGGCGUCUUUCCGAAUACCAUUAUCUCUGCUCCAUUAUAAAUCAUAUACCGGUAAAGAAGUUGCUGCACGUAUCAUUGAAGCUUACGAAUGGGCCGAGGUCGAUUAUUACAGAGCCAUAACCCACAACAAGGGCAUAAUGAAUGGAAUUGAUGCUGUUGCUUUGGCGACAGGUCAAGACUGGCGUGCUAUUGAAGCAUCAUCCCAUGCUUGGGCUUGUGAUGGAGUAAGAGGUGACUAUUCUCAAUCCAAUAAUUAUCGUCCUUUGACAACAUAUUGGAUUGAAAAAGAUGAUCAGUUAGCAGCCUGUGGAAAAGAGGGUGAUGACUGUUUAAUGUUUUGCGGGGAAUUGGAAUUACCCAUAACAGUUGGUACCGCUGGCGGUGUCAUAAAUACAAAUCCUGUUUAUUUACACAAUAUGGGAAUUAUGGGAAAUCCUAACGCCAAAGAACUCUCCAUGAUUAUGGUAUGUAUAGGCCUUGCACAAAAUUUCGCUUCUCUCCGUGCACUGGCUACUGAAGGUAUUCAGCACGGCCAUAUGAAAUUACAUGCCACCAACAUAGCCUUUGCAGCAUUACGUUGCUAUGAGAAUGAAACAAACAGUAGUUGUCCAUCACACGAUAUCACGAGUAUUGCACGAAGAAUGAUAGAGAAAGGUAGUAUAACGUUAGCUACAGCUAAGGAACUCAUAGAAGAAUCUUUGCCUAAACCUCAAAUUUCUCAGUGUACUUACAUGUAA